CUAUCUCCACUCCCUCGCGUUUGCCACAGUUACGACGAUAAAGAAUGAACAAAAUAAAAUAAAAGGGCGAGAGCUGGGGAGGGGAGAGGGGGCGAUCGCCCGAUCGAUCCGUUGAGAUCCAACGCCUUAUCGGAAAUCCAAACUCGCCGUGUUCUCCGCUCCCGUUUUGGGGCGUGAAUCGAAGCCGAUUUGGCCGCGGUGAGUUCUCCCCGCGGAUUUGGUUGCCAAGCUGUGCCUGUUUCCUGAUGCCGGAGACCUGAAUCGCUUUGCGAAUCGCGCGGAUCGAGGAUCGGAGUUGCGGGGGCGGUCAUCGGGUGUUGAUUUAAGCUCAAAUUGUGGGUUGGGUUGGAUUUUGUUGGCGUUUUGUCGGUCGGAGUUUGAUCUGCCGGUGGAGUUUUAUGAUACGAUCGCGGCUUCCGAUGAUGCCCGAUGUCAGGCACAAUGCUGUUUCCAAGUCGUCUAAUGCUUCGCCGGAUAACCUUGAAGAAGCUAUGUGGCAAUUAAACAUCGAGGAUGGCCAUGAGGGUGUUGAUGGCCAGCUGAGUUCUUAUCCUGAUCGCCCAGGCGAGCCUGACUGUCUAUAUUAUCUGAGGACAGGUAACUGCGGAUAUGGAAGCAGCUGCAAGUAUAAUCAUCCUACUCACAAUUGGCAUAACAAUCAGUUUAUCGCUGAACUCCCUCAGAGAGAUGGCCAACCUGAUUGUCAGUUCUUCCUGAAAACAGGAACUUGCAAGUAUGGGACGUCCUGUAAAUAUCAUCAUCCACGGGACAAACAUGAUACCAAAUUGGUUCAGAUGAAUGUUUUGGGAUUACCUAUCCGAAAGGAUGAAAAGCCAUGUGCCUAUUACAUGAGAACUGGAUCUUGUAAAUAUGGAGUUGCCUGCAAGUUCAAUCAUCCUGAUCCUCAACCAGUGACUGCUGGAGCGGCAUUCCCUCUUACAGGAUCUCCAGCCUAUGGAUAUUCAAGUCCCAUGGUGCCUACAUCUGCCUCCCCUGUAAUUGGUGGAAUUUCACCAUGGCCUUUAUCAAGAGUUCCUUAUAUGUCUAGUCCACGAAUGCAAUCUCUCCCAUCCUAUGUACCUCUUGUUCUUCCACCCACUCCAGGAACAACAGCUGUGCAACAGGGUUGGAACACUUACAUGCAAGCUAUAAAUGCAUGCCAGGGCAGCAUGAACCAUAUUUACCCUGCCAAUAUGGUUGCACCUAACCAGAUAUCCAACUCAAAGCAUCAAGAACAGUCAGGCUCCAGCUUGCCACUAUAUUUACCCGAGAGGCCAGAUCAACCAGAAUGCCAAUAUUACAUGAAAACUGGGAGCUGCAAAUAUGGAACCUUGUGCAAAUACCAUCACCCAAAGGAGAGUAGUCAUGCAGCUAUAACCACCAUAGGACCACUUGGGCUUCCUCUAAGACCUGAUCGGCCAGUAUGCACCUUUUAUACAACAUAUGGAAGCUGCAAGUUUGGCACAAGUUGCAAAUAUGAUCAUCCACUCAUUGGUUAUUAUGGUUAUACUCUACCGUCUUUCUCAUAUACCGAUCCCAGCAUAGCAUUUCCCCAUGAAAAGAGUUCACAAAUUGUAUGGACAGCAGAAAAGCCCUCUCCCAAGUCAUCAAAAACACCCAAUCAGUUCACCAAAUUUGAAACAAUGAAUGGACAGCACAAUCUGGAAAAUCAUGAGCAUGGAAAUACUUCGGCCCACACACCAUCAAACACUGAACCACCAGAAGAUUCCCCAUGAUAAACAAAUGUUUAAGACUAACCACUCAUCCGCUUCCAGUCUGUCAUUGUUCCAAGAUGGAGAUUUUGGAUCUCUGCUCCAUAGCACUAUCUUUUAUUGCCUGUCUUUGAGCUUGGUUGAGGCACGAUCUUUGUGACGGAUGAAUGAGAGGCAGUGUUAUAAAUUAAUGAUUUUUGUUCCACAAAUUUGUCAAAAACUAAACCUUUCUGUUGUACUAUUUGAAUUCUGUUUCCAGUUUCGACUGUAAAGCACGUCUCUCAGAAUAAAGGUGAUCAAAUUUGGCUUGUC